CCUUUUCUGUACUCGAUUUAAAAAAAAAAAAGGAAUAAAAAAGAGUCGCUAUAUGCUGGUGACGACUGCUUCGUGGCUCCGACCACCACAAUGAGGUCUCACCCCCUGCUAUCCAAACCUACUUAUCCUCAACCCGAUGACGACACCGACCCAUUAACCCGACCAGCCAUCGCAGCUGGCCUUCCCACCGUCCGCAAGAAAGGAACCGGGGUUCGGGCCUGGCUCCUCCUUGACAACACCGGCCAGGCCCAGGUUGUGGAGGCAGGUAAGCAUGCCAUCAUGCGCCGCACCGGCCUGCCCGCUCGUGACCUCCGGAUCCUCGACCCGCAACUCUCGUACCCAUCUACGAUUUUGGGUCGAGAGAGAGCAAUCGUCAUCAAUUUGGAGCAUAUCAAGGCAAUAAUUACGGCCCAGGAGGUUCUUUUGCUGAAUUCCAGGGACCCCUCUGUUACACCGUUUGUCGAGGAAUUGCAGAGGAGGCUUGCAUGUCAUUAUAAAGCUACAGAAGCUCAGGAGGGAAAUGGUGAUGAUUCAAACUGGAAAAAUUUGUAUAACCCUGAAGACCCACAAUCAAGGGAAAAUCUUAAAAAUUUUGCUGGAGGCUUUCUAGAUUCUCAGGAUCAAGAUGAGGGAGGGAAGCUAGAUGGGAAACCAGGGCUUGAAAAUCGAGAUGGACCAAAUGUUCUUCCAUUUGAAUUUGUUGCAUUGGAGGCAUGUCUUGAGGGUGCUUGCAGUUGCUUAGAAAAUGAAGCAAAAACACUGGAGCAAGAGGCUCAUCCAGCAUUGGAUAAGCUAACUUCAAAAAUCAGUACUCUCAAUCUAGAGCGUGUCCGCCAAAUUAAGAGUCGUUUGGUUGCAAUAACUGGGCGUGUUCAAAAGGUUAGGGAUGAAUUGGAGCACUUGUUGGAUGAUGAUGAAGAUAUGGCUGAGAUGUAUCUGACAGAAAAGUUGACUCAACACCUAGAAAAUUCUUCCACAACCUCUUUAAGUGACAGAAAUGAUACGGAUGAUGAAUAUCUUCUAGCAGACAUGGAUGACAGGAUUCCUGCUGAAGUGUCAUUGGAGACUCGUGGGGGUUCUAUUGGCGGUGAGGGUGAUAUUCACAAUGCUGACAACCCACAUGAUCAUAUGUUUAGUGCUGCUCAUGUGCUUAGUAGGGGUAGCCGUGGGACCCAUACCAGUACCACUCAAAGUGCUAUAAGCAAGCACCUUGAUGUAGAGGAGUUGGAAAUGCUAUUGGAGGCAUACUUCGUACAAAUUGAUGGUACACUGAACAAGCUAUCUACGCAAAUGAUAUGAGAGCAGUGGAAAACUCACAAAUGAUAUAAGCCAUUAAGAGAUUGAUGAGGAGAAAUGGUCCCAAACUUGUGAUCUAACAAUAGAAGCCGAAAUAACAACUUCCCAAGCUGAAGUCAGAAAUUUCCAAAAUCCUUGGUAUCUUCUAAUUUGAUUUUCCGACUGCACAUGAAGCCAAGCACAAUGUUGAAUUCUUCUAGUGAGACAACACUUAAAAAGACCUUUGGAUACUUAUUUCAUCUGUGAAUAUCUCCAACACUCUUCUUCAAUUCAAAGACCACCCUCACUACCAUGUUAACUCCAGCAAAAAAAUUUAUCUCAGGUAUGCCAUUAGCUAGAAAAUUACAAGCAGACCUUUGCAAACAGAUAUGGAAAAUUGAAUUUUCCCUUUUGUCUCCAAAUUUCAAAUUUAUUUUCCUCAAGUAUCAUAUGACGACAACUUUCUGUAAAUUAGGGAGUCAGUGUCUUCCUCUGUCUUCUUAAUAUCUCCUAUUCAUCUUUAUUAUAGGAUCACAAAAAAUAAAAAUCACCGUCAUGGUUAACAAUGAAAGAAUCCUCUGUACGAAGACCACAUGAACUCCACCCGCGUAUAUGAUGUUUUCCACAUUGUUCUUCUCUAUAAAAUUUAAUGUCUUUUACUUCCUUCAAAACAUUCUCAACACUGAGGGCACCCUUUUCACUUUCCAAAUUUUGAUAAAUCCAUGGGCAAGAAGAAUACUUGUGUUGCUAAAAACUUCCGCAUUCUGAAUAAUACUGAUGGAACGAUUUCAGCCUUGAAUCCUAAAACUUGAUUGAAGGUACCAAAUUGCUUGAAUGGACACUGUGCACUGUCCUAGAAACAUUGUGAGUUGCUUCUUGGACUUGAGAAAAUAUUCCAUGAUCAUUCUCAAGAAAUUCCUCUGUUUCUUCCUCUUAUCUUUUGCUGAGAUUCAUAAAGACUCACAUGUCUCCCAUAAUGCAUUGUGCUUUAUGGUGGACCUCAUUUCCUUCUUUAUUCCAUUCUUUGCUUCCAUGAAUUUCUCGGCAUCUUUCUUACCUUUUCUCAGAGAACCUUUAUGUAAUGUCCAGCAGCUUGAAGAUUCCCACAUUGGCUAUGCAUGAAAAUUGUGAAUAAUAUAUAAUUAGCUACUUCAAACUACUAAAUAACUUGGAUUAACCAUUUUUGGUCAAGUGGAAAAUGAGUUCAAAAAUUCUUUGGGUCAGUUUGGGCCAGACUCUUACAUUUUAUCUGUUCAUCCGACAUUACUGCCCUUACAAUCAUUCUACUAGCCAUAACUCCGGUCCACAAGAACUGAAAAUUAGUGCAGUCCAAACAAAUGAAAUUCCAAAAAAAUAAUGAAAGAAUUUCAAGAAAGGAACUAGAAAUUUGAGGAAGAAAGAAAUAUAAAGAGAGAAACCAGAGGGAAUUUGAGAGAAAAGAAUAAGAUAUUUCAUUAAUAUUUUUUAGAAUUUUUCAACUGGUACAAAAACAGAUCUGAACCAUACAUUAAAUAGAGAAAUUGAAAUGGAAACCCAAAAAGAUAGAUGCGAGGGAGAGAUUAAUUGAGAAGUGAAACAGAAAUAAAAGAAAGAAUCAGAGAAGAUAGAAGAAAUAAAGAGAGACGAUUAGAGGGAGAAAAUUAUUAGAAUCUUGAUAUUUCUUGGAUUUUCAAGAAAUUCUAGAGAGAGAGACGAUAUUCAAGAAGUACAGAAAAAGAAUUAUAGGAAGAAGAGCAGAAGAGAUUUGGGUUCCAGGAAGAAGAAGAACCGGGAAUUUGGGGCCUGUGAAUUGUACCUUCUGAUACCAACUGUUAUGGUAGCACCAAAUCUGUGAAAGAAGAGAAGCAGGGAGGGGAAAUAGAAGGAGAAGAUUGAGAAAGGAGAAAAGAGGGGAAGUGAGAGAAAGAAAUAAGAGAGUAAUUGUUGUUUUAUUAAAUUCAAUUGAAUCCCAUCAGUUGCGAUACUAUUCUUAUUUAUACAACAUAUUCCUCUAUACGCUUGUGUUCUCCUUAUUAUCGCAACAGACUGCCAGUGCACAAGGUUAGAUAAUGUGUAAAUUCAUUUUGGAUAUUGCAAUAAAUUUCUUCUGUGAUGCAUCUCAUUAUAC